AUGCGAACCUCUGCGGUGCCACGAGGACCCGUGGUUCCAUCAAGAAUGAGUAAAGUGAUACCCAGACCAAGUACGGUGUCUAGUUCAAGUUUCACUUCAAAUGACUCCACCGAAGGGUCCAAUAUACGCGUCGUAGUCCGGUGCAGAGGCAGAAAUGACCGCGAAGUCAGAGCUAAGAGCAGAGUUGUCGUGGAUACCUCCAUCUCCAAGACUGAUGUGGCUGUCCGAAUUGGUGAAGAUGUUUCCUCUACAAAUAUAAAAACUUACUCAGUUGAUCACGUAUUUGGACCAGAAGUUGACCAAGUCAUGGUGUUCGAAGAAGUAAUUGCUCCAAUUGUUGAUGAUCUCUAUUCUGGAAUGAAUUGCACAGUCUUUGCCUAUGGCCAGACUGGUACGGGUAAAACCUAUACAAUGUCAGGCGACGACUCUACGAACCUGGAUACAUGUGCCUACGAAGCUGGUAUUAUUCCUCGUGUAUUGUUCAAAUUAUUUGCAGAUGUAGCAUCCAGAGGCUAUGAUUAUGCAGUCACAUGUUCUUUUGUAGAGUUAUACAACGAAGAGCUCAAGGAUCUUUUGGUUGAUGAAGAUGAAGCGCCAAAAAAGCUACGGCUUUUUGAUGAUAGUGGGUCCAGUUUUAAUGGAUCCAAAAGACCCAUGACCCCAAGCGCUGGUAGUGGAGUGACACUCAAUGGAUUAUCCGAGCAUAAUAUCACAUCAGCUAUUUCUGGAUUGAAAGUUCUUCAAAAUGGCCUGCGGAAACGACAGGUCGCAGCCACUAAAAUGAAUGAUUACUCUAGUCGGUCACAUACUAUAUUCUGCAUCAGCUUAGCUAUUGAUACAGAUGGAUCGGGCGAGUUUAUUACUAGAAGUAAGAUUAACCUUGUAGACUUGGCUGGCUCCGAGAAUAUCGGUAAAUCAGGUGCGGAGAAUAAGCGAGCCAGAGAAGCUGGUAUGAUCAACCAGAGUCUAUUAACUCUUGGUCGUGUUAUUAAUUCUCUUGUCGACAAGAGCCCACAUAUCCCAUACAGAGAAUCCAAACUGACGAGACUACUACAAGAUUCUCUGGGAGGACGGACAAAAACCUGCAUUAUUGCUACCAUCAGUCCCGCAUCAGUAAAUAUAGAGGAGACAUUAAGCACUCUGGAGUAUGCUAGCAGAGCAAAGAACAUCAAAAAUAAGCCCCAAGUGAAUAAUGCCAUAUCUAAAAAGGCACUCCUUUCUGACUACAACAAUGAGAUGGAGAAGCUGCGACUGGACCUAAGUGCAACACGAAAGAAAAAUGGUAUUUUCCUUGAUCCAGAUAAUUUCAAAGAAAUCAAUGCUGAUAGAGAGAGCCAAAAAAUGUUACUCAACGAUCAACAAAGGAAGUUAGAUACACUUGACAGGCAGCUUAAGUCGGCAAGAGAGCAGCUGGACAAGACAAAGCAGGAAUUGUUGAACAAGACCCGUGAGCUUCAAACCGCCUCUAGUGAACUCGAUCAAACUAUAUCCAGUUUAGAAUCUACGGAGUCGUCGUUAAGACAAACUCGGCGGGCUCUGAAUAAAGAAACUAUUCUGCGGAAAGCUCAUGCCAAUACCGAGGAUGAGUUACAUUCGAUUGGAGGGGCAUUGAUUAAAAGUCUCGAUGAAACUCUAAAAGAUGUAAGCAUACUUCAAGAUAAACUCACAAAUAUUCGAAGUACCCAAUCCCAGGUUAGCACGGUCGUUUCUGAUUCAUCUUCUAAAAUUAUUGACCAAGUACAUAGGUUGCAAAGUAGAUUCGAGGAUUAUCAUGGCAGGCAAAGGGAAAUUGCUGAUUCCUUGUAUCAGACUAUUAGUGCUUUGGUUGAGGAUGAGUGUACAAGGCUAGAAGAUACUUCUAGCUUUCUUAAAGACAGUUUUGUGAACAUUGGCAUACUUCAGGAUGAUCUCAUUAACACGACUAGCAAGUCGAAUGCUCAUUCCAAGCAGCUCUCUGACCAGGCUGCAAAGAUCAAGGAAAAUGUUAUCUCCAAUAUUCAAAAAGGGUUUUUGGAGCAAGUGAGAAAGUCUAUGGCCACUUUCACAGCUUCUUUGAGCAAAGAGUUAGAAGGGUUUAAUAAUGAAAUUCAGCAACCUCUCUCUGCAUUGGUGGGGGAGUUUGAGAGUCAUGCUCAAAUGCGCCAGAACCACUAUUCCACUCAAGAUGAAAAGCUCAAGAAUUUGAAGAAUGCUAUUGAAUCUACCUUGUCUCCUGAUACCUUAACAAAAUAUCAUGAUGCUGGCAUGAGACGACUGGAACAGGCCCUCGAAGAGGAGAAAAAGAAAGCCGCAGCUGAGAAACAGGAUCUUUUGGCAAAUAUAUCUGCGUUGUUUGAUAAGUUUACAACAGAGAGCAAUAAUCGCUUAAUGAGUUCGAUGCAAUCUACAACCAGGACAGCUGUGGUUAACUCAGUUACGAGUCUUCAAAAACAAGCAGAUAUAUGGGGAAAAGAUAUUGAUGACAUUGGACAAUCAGCAUCAGCAUUCAGAGAUUCCACAAAUUUAGCGGACCAGGUCAUGAAUAAGCAGCUGAGAACGAUUCUUAGCACUUUAGCCACUAGUAACCAGAGGGUAGGAUUGGUUUCGAGUCAGUUGCAGGAUGAAUCGCAGUCUGCCAUGAAUUCUGGAUUGGCAGCUAUUGGUAACCAGAUCAAAGCGUUGGAUGAAUUCUUACAGCAAGCUGGAGGAGCCAGUGAUGAACACAAUCUGGCCGUCCGAAAAGGUGUUGAGGAACUGUGCCAACGCGUUGAGCAUGCCUUUACCUACCUGGAUCAACAUUUGACUAAUUUGAAUAAUAAUGUUAGAUCACACACCGAGUCUGAUGGAAAUCAAUGGGCACAGGAAUUGACUAGUUCCUGGAGAUCAGUGCAGGAAGAUUGUAUUUCAGGAUUGAGACAUAUUCUACAUCAAGUCGGCACUUUAAAAGACGGCAUUGAUAAUAGUAGGGAUAUGUCUGAUGGAAAUACUCCCAAGCGACGCAAAGUUGAGUUUGCUAGAGUUCUUCCAAACACUAAGAGUCUUGGUGAAGAACAAGUUGAAAGUGAAUCAAUUGAUACCACCAGUCUUCAGCGUCAACCUCUAGAAGACGUCACGAAUGAAAUUGAGAGUAAUUCUGUUUUGCUUCCAAUAGAAGAAGCCAAGGGCCUUCCAGUUUUAUUCGAGGCGGGGGAAAAGACUAGAAUCCCUAUUAAACCUCCAGCUAUGAGAUUGAGACCCACUACUGGACGAUCGACACGAAGGAACUAG